GGAGGGGUGCGGUGUGUGUGUGUGUUGUGAGGGAGGCUCCGAAGCUGACGCUGACUGCGCCUUGGUGCGGAGUGAAGCGCUCACCUGCUCACAGAGUCGCACAAAGUCACGAGCUGCCGCACUCACACAAACACGGAACCUUGCGGAGGAAAGGACAGGGACGUUAGACAAUUUGGGGAGAAGAUUUAGGCUCUCCCUUUUCUCUUUGUGGUUCCUCGUCCAGGCUGCUGUGGCUGUUGCUCGCUUCGUCCGUCGCGAUGAGGACUGACCUGGCUCUGGUCCUGACAGCAGCCCUUCUCCUUGACGCAUUCCGGGUGAAUAAUGGCGAGCAUUCCAUGACUAUAGGCCCCUGCCAACCUGGCUUCUCACAAAGCUUCUACUCCGUCUUAAUUCCAAGGGAUAUAUUGCAAGGCAAGGCCGUACGUAAAGGCGCCAGUUUGUCAUCACAAAAAGUAAAGUUUGAUGACUGCAUGGGGAACAAAGCGAUGGUUUUUGAGAGCAGCGAUCCCAACUUCAGUGUGCGGACAGAUGGGUCCAUCUUUGCUCAGGGAGAGGGAGCUUCCUUGGAUGAGCCAGUCCAGUUUAAACUAACAGCAAGUGGUCCGCACUCUCAUGUCUGGAAGACUGUGAUCCAGCUGGCAUUGAUAGACUCCCCUUCACAUCAACAAAAUGAGAAUGAGGUCACAACCAAAGAGGGGAAGGUUGCUGAGAGGAAAGAGAAGAAGGAAGCUUUCCAAGUCAUCAGGUUCUCGGGGGCCACCCGGAACACCUCUAAGGGUCUACGAAGGCAAAAGAGGGACUGGGUGAUCCCACCAAUCAAUGUUGCUGAAAAUUCUCGAGGACCGUUCCCUCAGAUGCUUGUCAGUAUUCGCUCAGACCAAGAUCAGGACAUUUCCAUCCGAUACAGCAUCACCGGGGUGGGAGCAGAUCAGCCACCUAAUGAGGUAUUCAACAUUGACCCUGUGCUUGGAAAAAUGUUUGUCACCAAACCUCUGGAUCGAGAACAUCGGUCGUCCUACCAUCUCCGAGCACAUGCUGUGGACAUGAACGGAAACAAAGUGGAGAACCCCAUUGAUCUGUAUAUCUUUGUUAUCGACAUGAAUGACAACAGACCGGAGUUCAAGAACCAAGUCUACAAUGGUUCCGUGGAUGAAGGUUCAAAACCAGGAACCUAUGUAAUGCACCUAUCUGCCUUUGAUGCUGAUGACAACACAACGGCCAAUGGAAUGGUGCGCUAUCGAAUAUUGUCCCAGACGCCACACAGCCCCAUCCCAAACAUGUUCACCAUCAAUAGUGAGACUGGAGAUAUUGUGACCGUGGCACCUGGUCUCGAUCGAGAGAAAGUGUCCCAGUAUACUAUAAUUGUUCAAGCCACGGACAUGGAGGGCAACCUGAAUUUUGGUCUCUCCAACACGGCCACCGCCAUCAUCACGGUCACCGACAUAAACGACAAUCCCCCCAUGCUGACCUCCAGAACGUAUUCCGGUGAGGUUCCUGAGAAUCGGGUGGAUGUUGUGGUGGCUAACCUGACGGUGAUAGAUGCCGACCAACCCCAUUCCCCCAACUGGAACGCUAUUUAUAGGAUCAUCAGUGGCGAUUCAUCCGGGCACUUCACCAUUCGCACUGACCCUGUAACCAAUGAUGGCAUGGUGACUGUGGUAAAGGCUGUUGACUUUGAGAUGAACCGAGCCUUCAUGCUGACAGUUGUGGUGUCCAACCAGGCCCAUCUGGCCAGCGGGAUCCAGUCCUCCCUCCAGUCUACGGCAGGUGUAACCAUAUCAGUGCAGGAUGUCAAUGAAUCCCCUUACUUCCCCACAAACCCAAAACACAUCCGAUUUGAGGAGGGCGUUCCAACUGGCACAAGUCUGACAACCUUUUCGGCCACAGAUCCCGAUCGACUACAGAUGCAGCAGACAAUCAGGUACUCCAAGCUGAAUGACCCUGCAAACUGGUUGUCAAUUAACAGAACCAAUGGGCAGAUAGUAACCACGGCAAUCCUCGACAGGGAGUCUGUCUAUGUGAAAAACAAUAUAUAUGAAGCUACGUUCCUGGCAACAGAUAAUGGCUCUCCUGCAGCCAGUGGCACCGGCACACUGCAGAUCUAUCUGUUAGAUAUUAAUGACAACCCCCCAGCACUCAUAUUCAGGGAGUCUCAGAUCUGUGAGCAGAUGAACAAGAAUGCCAACGGUGUCAAUAUCACUGCCAUUGACGCCGAUACUGACUCCAACGCUGGGCCUUUUGUCUUUGAGCUGCCCACUUAUCCUGAAAGCAUCAAACGCAACUGGACAAUUACACGAAUCAGUGGCAACUAUGCUCGUCUCAGUCUGCCAUACCAGGUCUAUUUUGAGCCAGGCGUGUAUGAGGUCCCAAUAAUUGUAUCCGACUCGGGAAACCCUACCUUGUACAACAGGUCUGUCAUCAAAGUAAAAGUGUGUCCAUGUGAUCCAAAUGGAGACUGCACUACUGUGGGCGCUGUGGCAGCUGCCGGCCUGGGAACCGGAGCGAUCAUCUCUAUCCUGAUAUGCAUCAUCAUUCUGCUCAGCAUGGUCUUGGUGUUUGUGAUGUGGAUAAAGCGCAGAGAGAAGGAGAGGCACACAAAACAGCUGCUCAUUGACCCUGAGGAUGAUGUCAGGGACAACAUACUGAAAUACGAUGAAGAGGGAGGGGGAGAAGAGGACCAGGACUAUGACCUCAGCCAGCUGCAACAGCCCGACUCUUUGGAGCACAUCAUCAGCAAGCCUCCCGGUGUCCGCAGGGUGGACGAACGGCCCAUCAUCCCAGAGUCCCAGUACCCUAUCAGGCCUGUUGUGCCUCACCCUGGCGACAUCGGGGACUUUAUCCAUGAGGGGCUACGAGCAGCUGACAAUGACCCUACUGCGCCCCCUUAUGACUCUCUGCUGGUGUUUGACUAUGAGGGCAGCGGCUCCACCACAGGAUCGGUCAGUUCUCUCAACUCCUCCAGCACGGGGGAGCAGGACUAUGACUACCUCAACGACUGGGGGCCCCGUUUCAAGAAGCUGGCCGACAUGUAUGGCGGGGGGGAGGAGGAUUAAAUCUCGCACGAACACACACACACUCACACACCCUCGUCCUGUCAGCUGGCCCCUGCCAUGCUAUGUCCCAUCAACACCAGGGCCUAUUACUGAAAACAACAAAGUUCACACUGACCGAUCAACCAAUCAAACUACCAACUCCAGAAGUCUGGCGCUGUUGCACGUUUGACUGCAAAAGAAGCUUUGAAUUGCUUGGUUAUCAUGUUUUUCAAGUGAAGACUCAAGCCCAAUUUUGGCGUCAGUCGUUUCUGUCAGAUUUCUUUUCCCUUUUUUCUUUGUGGCUCUUUUAGUUUUAGGGUUUUUAUUCUCCCUCUUCACUCCACAACAAGUCAUUCCUUAUUCCUGAAGGUUUUCACUUUCCUCUCGCUGUCAGCCCCUGCCUGCCUCCCUGCAGAAGCUUUAGGUUUGAGCCUCUUUGUCUUGGGGGGAGGAGACGAAAAAGAACAAGAACCCCGAUAUGACAGUCCCUCCCGUGUGGAGGGCCCUGGUUUAUUUUCUCUUGAACUUGAAUUACUCAGAAUAGAAGCACUGUUGUUUAAAAAAAAAAAAGUGCCUUCAGUGGUGCAUAUUUUAACAGACUCCCUCUAACUCAGGAUUAGUUUCCAUUUUCCUGACCCUUUAACUCAGACCUUCCAAUUGUCUAUCAGGGCUAUGAUAAUUGGGCGAGGUGCCAGUGCUGCUUUCAGCAGAGCUUUCGACAGACAAACGAGGGCGUGUUAUGUAGGCAUACAGUACACUGGCCAAUAAGGACCAAUCCACAAAUGUUUAGAUAUACAGGUGUGUCCGCAGAUGACAACCAACUUCAAUGUGAUUGUAGAAAUCACAACCAUCCAAGAUGGACGGGACUGUCGUGGAGAAGUGUUUUUGUUUCUUGUGACUUCGCUAGCAGCAGUGUUUGUUUUUAGCUUGCUUUGUUCACGCUUAAGACGUGACUCGGCUUGUGGCAGAGUCUCGUGUCCAGUCUUAUGAGGGUCGAUAAAGGAUACUUUGCCUUUUAGGUCAUAAUGUUUGCAUGUUUACCCACACACCCAAACAUUUUACAUUUCAGUUUCUGUCUGGUAAAUAUUGGGAAAAAACACAACUUUGCAAAUAAAAAGUAAUGGAACAUAGUAGAGGAAUUAAUUGUCACACCUAUUGUUCUUUUUCUUGCUGCAUUGUUCUUAUUUUGAUUGAUUCACUGUUGUUACUUGACAAUUUCUAAAUAUAAAAACUGUUGGUGCUCACCGAGAUUGAGGGUUUUGAGCCUCAGCCAGGGAUUUCUCAGCCCCUCAAUCUGUCUCCCUUCAGGCACACUUCAAGAUUCAACUGAAACACUCCCCUGAAAUUUUUGGCUGCGAGUUCAAGAGUUUCCAUAAAGAAGUUAGAGCGAGCAAAAGUUUAUGAAGUUAUAUCAAAGUUGACUUGUUAAAACAGGCUCUUUAACAGACAUUUUCUGACAGAAGAAGUUUUGUUGAGAAUGAAACAGCAGUUCCGCUUAUGGGCUCGUGUCAUCAUAUUUUACAGUACUCCAAUGGUGAACUGAAAUAAAGAAUUUCAAAUGCAGUGCUUAAAUUAUUCAAAAAUACAAAAUGAUCCAGAAAAGUGUGGGUGGAAAACAUUCUUCUGUGGUGGUUAGCUUGAAGCUGAAUGACUGGAUUUACUGUGAAUUGAUGAAUUCCUGGAGGAAAACCUAAAAGUUGUACCUCCUUGAACAUAGCUCAUUUGAAAGAACAUAGAAACAAAAUUAGUAGUUUUUAUCCAUUUGUGAUGAGAGACAUAAAAUAAACAAUGUUCCUGCCAAUGCAAAUAUCCAUUAAAAGGGAAAGGAGGUCAUAAUAUAAUCAAUGAGGUGAACAGGGUCAGAAUCCCAUGAUUCAGAGGCAAACAGGUACAUAUUGCACUGUACGGCCAAUUCUGGAUUUGCAAUUCUUUGCGGUGCAGAACUUGACAGCAAUGAUUUUCCCGACCACUGUCAGCUUAGAGUGCAAUCAAGGAGGGACGCUUGCCACCGGAUUAGCUCUUAUCUCUCCGGUGGCUCCCAAAUAUUCUCACAAAAUAAACACAGCUGUUACUCUCCGCUAUCUGUCAUUUGUGUCUGACACAUUAAUGUUGUAGAUACAGAACCUUUUUUAUACAUUUGUCAACAUGAGUCACAUGUGACUGUGUGGGUUUCUCUCUCACUCCUGCAAGGGAGACUAACAAAUUGGUGAGGUAGGUUUCACCACUAAAAAGCCAUGGUGAAGAGAACCUGAUCGGUUUUGAGCACACUCACCCAGCCAUACUUGUCGCUGUUCCACUUGAGCAUCUUCAGAACGAAGAGUGAAGCCUCUGUCGUCCCAAACCGACUUGUACAGUCCAGCAGACACACAUACGCAAAUCUACACUCUAACACACUCCUCUAAGCCUUACUGUACAUAUGUGAGUGCUAUUACAGUGUUGUUCCAACUCUACUGCAAAGCCCAAACAGCUCUCUUACUGGCUGUGUCACUCUCAGAGGACAAAAGGACAUUCUUUGACAUGUUCAUGAUCUCUGCGCAGAGAUCCAGAUCUAAUUAAGGGACAAACACAACAGCAAUCCACACACACACACACACACACACACACACACACGUUGACCUUUCCUGAUAAGGCGCUGUUAUAAUGUUGCAUGUUGAAAAACUGCAACUGUUCAUUUUGUGCCGGAAGGAUGGCAAAUGAUGGAAGAACUCAUCUGUGGACAAUUUGUGACCAUAGUCACACGUGACCUGUUAGCAUGGGUGUUCUCGUCACCACAAUAAAGGCUGUUGUUUCCUUACAAAUCUCUUGCUCAAGUCCAAAUGUAUAUAAUAUAGUAUUUGCUCGCCAAAAAGACCAAGUUUAAUGUAUGACUGGAGAUUUUUGCAUGUCUUUUUUAUGAUGGCCAGCCGAGUCCUAUUACAGUAACUAGCCACCGUGAAAACGCAACCCGCAUGACCGAGGUUGCGCCCUAAAUGGAGUUCUGGCAUACCAUAUCCACAUAGUUUGAGAUGAAAAGUUAUAAUGAAAAUUGCACAGGUGUCAAAUGUCUAAGAAAAUGUUUUUGUAAAUUGUCGACAGCACAAGCAUUUUGUAUUGGUGUUUGUACCCAUUUUGUAAAAAAGGAAGAAAACAAAAAAAAAGAUUGUUGUUUUAAGCGUGUGUUUAUAGUGCCACUGCAAUCUUGGUUUCCAAAUACCGUCCAGUAUACAUGCGCAGCCUUGCAGAUCAACAUUGUAAAAUAGAUGCUGAGCUGGAGAAUCAUUUUCAACACGGUGUGUUAUAAAUAAAAACAA